CAGCGGCGGCUGCGCUGGGUUGAGCGGCAUCAUGGCCGGGGAUGGGCUUCGUAGCCGGGGCCGACGACGGCUCCGGCCCCGGCGAGAGCAGCUUCCCGGAGCGCCGGCGGCGCGCCCUGCUCGGUGCUGCUAGCCAUGGCAAAUGGCAGCGGCGGCGGCGGCGGCGGCGGAGGCGGCGGCGGCGGCGGUUCCAGCAGCAGCUACUACUCGGGCGGCGGAGGCGGCGGCGGCGGCGGCGGCAGCGGCAACAUUAGGAUGAGCAGCCCCGUCAGCGGCAGUCUGAACACGGCCUCGUCGUCGGCGCCCGCCCGGGCGCCCAACACUCUCAUCAUCCCCAUCACCAUGGAAGUGCCCUGCGACAGCGGGCAGCGCAUGUGGUGGGCCUUCCUGGCUUCGUCCAUGGUCACUUUCUUCGGGGGUCUCUUUAUCAUCCUGCUCUGGAGGACCCUCAAGUACCUGUGGACCGUCUGCUGCCACUGCGGGGGGAAGGAGAAGGAGGCUCAGAAGAUAACUGGCAAUGGGGAGACCCAGGCAGAUGGGGAUUUGAAAGGCACAGAUGAAAAAGAGGAAGUUGUGGCAGCAGAAGUGGGCUGGAUGACCUCUGUUAAAGACUGGGCAGGGGUGAUGAUUUCAGCCCAGACCUUAACCGGCAGAGUUCUUGUUGUUUUAGUCUUUGCUCUUAGUAUUGGUGCUCUUGUAAUAUACUUCAUAGAUUCGUCAAAACCAAUAGAGUCUUGCCAGAAUUUCUACAAAGAUUUCACAUUGCAGAUAGACAUGGCUUUCAAUGUGUUCUUCCUGCUCUACUUCGGCUUGCGAUUCAUAGCAGCCAACGACAAGCUAUGGUUUUGGCUGGAAGUAAACUCUGUGGUUGAUUUUUUCACUGUUCCUCCCGUGUUCGUUUCUGUGUAUUUAAAUAGAAGUUGGCUUGGUUUAAGAUUUUUGCGAGCUCUUAGGCUGAUUCAGUUCUCAGAAAUCUUACAGUUUCUGAAUAUUCUUAAAACAAGUAAUUCCAUCAAGUUAGUGAAUCUGUGCUCGAUAUUUAUUAGCACAUGGCUGACAGCAGCUGGAUUUAUACAUUUGGUGGAGAACUCAGGGGAUCCAUGGGAAAACUUCCAAAAUAACCAACCACUUACAUAUUGGGAAUGUGUUUAUUUGCUAAUGGUUACUAUGUCCACCGUUGGCUACGGAGAUGUUUAUGCAAAAACAACCCUUGGGCGUCUUUUCAUGGUUUUCUUCAUCCUCGGGGGAUUGGCCAUGUUUGCCAGUUACGUCCCUGAAAUCAUAGAGUUAAUAGGAAACCGCAAGAAAUAUGGUGGUUCCUAUAGUGCGGUUAGUGGAAGAAAGCAAUGUUUGCGCGCUACGUGCCAGAAAUUGCGGCUCUCAUCCUUAAUCGGAAGAAAUACGGCGGGACUUUUAAUUCAACCCGAGGCAGAAAUGAAGAUACUGGAUACUUUAGGCCUUAUGCAUGCCCCGACCUCAUUCUCUCUCUUUUUUGAUUCCUGUUUGUCGUUUUGUUCCAUUUCACUGGGCAGUAUAUUGAUCAACCCUGGAAAUCAUGUGAAAAUUCAAGAGGGUACGCUAGGAUUCUUCAUUGCAAGCGAUGCCAAAGAAGUGAAAAGGGCCUACUUUUAUUGCAAGGCAUGUCACGAUGACAUCACAGAUCCCAAAAGGAUUAAAAAAUGUGGCUGCAAACGACUUGAAGAUGAACAACUGACGUUGUCACCCAAAAGGAAGCAACGGAAUGGAGGAAUGAGGAAUUCUCCAAACUCUUCGCCCAAACUGAUGAGACAUGAUCCUUUAUUAAUCCCUGGCAAUGAACAAGUUGACAACAUGGAUUGCAACGUGAAAAAAUACGACUCCACGGGAAUGUUUCAUUGGUGUCCACCAAAGGAGAUUGACAAGGUUAUUUUGACCCGAAGUGAAGCUGCUAUGACCGUCCUCAGCGGCCAUGUGGUGGUUUGCAUAUUUGGAGAUGUGACGUCAGCGCUGAUAGGACUGAGAAAUUUUGUGAUGCCACUCCGAGCAAGCAAUUUCCACUACCACGAGCUCAAACAUAUCGUCUUUGUGGGCUCCUUGGAAUAUUUAAGGAGGGAAUGGGAGACCAUGCAUAACUUUCCCAAGGUCUCCAUUUUACCAGGUACACCAUUAAGCCGAGCUGAUUUAAGAGCUGUCAACAUCAACCUCUGUGACAUGUGCGUCAUCCUGUCAGCCAAUCAGAAUAAUAUUGAUGACACUUCACUGCAGGACAAGGAAUGCAUCUUGGCGUCACUCAACAUCAAAUCUAUGCAGUUUGAUGACAGCAUCGGGGUCUUGCAGGCUAAUUCCCAAGGGUUUUCGCCACCCGGAAUGGACAGGUCAUCACCCGACAAGAGUCCAGUGCAUGGCCUUCUUCGUCAGCACUCCAUUACAACGGGAAUCGAUAUCCCUAUUAUUACUGAGUUAGCUAAACCUGGCAAACUUCUGCCUUUGGUUUCAAUCAAUCAGGAAAAAAACAGUGGAGUUCAGAUUCUAAUGAUAACCGAAUUGGUAAAUGAUUCUAACGUUCAGUUCCUGGAUCAAGAUGAUGACGAUGACCCCGACACAGAACUCUAUCUCACCCAGCCUUUCGCCUGUGGAACGGCCUUCGCGGUUAGUGUCCUGGAUUCCCUCAUGAGUGCGACGUACUUCAAUGACAAUAUUCUCACCCUGAUACGGACUUUGGUGACGGGAGGGGCCACACCAGAACUGGAGUCCCUGAUCGCCGAAGAGAAUACGCUUCGGGGUGGCUACAGCACCCCCCAGACGCUGACCAAUAGGGACAGGUGCCGGGUGGCUCAGCUGGCCUUGCUGGAUGGACCCUUUGCAGAUCUUGGGGACGGUGGUUGUUAUGGAGAUCUAUUUUGUAAAGCUUUGAAAACUUACAAUAUGCUCUGCUUUGGAAUAUACCGAUUAAGAGAUUUCAAUUCAAGCACGCCUAGCCAAUGCACGAAACGUUUUGUUAUAGCCAACCCACCUUAUGAAUUCGAACUGGUUCCGACUGACUGGAUCUUCUGCUUGAUGCAGUACGACCACAACGCCGGCCAGUCUCGGGCGAGUCUCUCUCACUCUUCCCACUCUUCGUACGCAUCUAGCAAGAAAAGCUCUUCGGUCCAUUCUCUGCCAGCUACGGCGAAUCGACAGAACCGCCCAAAGUCCAGAGAAUCCCGGGAAAAGCAGAACAGAAAAGAAAUGGUUUACAGAUGAAUCGGAUAAUGCCUAUCCCAGAAACAUUCAAAUCAAGCCCAUGACCACUCACGUGGCCAAUCACAUCAACCAAUAUAAGUCUACAAGCAGCUUGAUUCCACCAAUCAGAGAAGUCGAAGACGAAUGUUGACUCCUAGGAUGGGACAAUGCGUUUCUUUCUUUUUAAUAAAAAAAAUAAUUAAAAAAAUAGCAAGAGAGAGGACCUGACGGACUUCAUGAAUGGUGAUAUAACAUUUAUUCCUCUUUAAUGCUGAACCUUUGGUGGGGGAAGUGACUCAAAAGCAAGGGUUGCCGGAAAGUACAGUAGACAGAUUUUUUUUGUUUGUCUGCCUUUAAUAUUUGCUUCCAUGUAUUUUGGAAACUAUUUCAUUUAUAUAUGAACAUAAUAAAAACAGUCAUGUAUAGUCUCUAGCAUUUUAAAUUAUUUUUAUUUAUUAGAAAGAAGAUAUAUGAUGAAUAUAUUUCUUUAUUCACUGUCAAGUAUUUUCCCUCAAAACAAGAAUAGCUGCAGAUUGUGGCCAGACUCCCAAAACAUUAUAUGUAGACACAAGGACAGAAAGGAGUAGGAAUAUAUAUAUAUAUAGAUAUUCAUAUUCAUAUUCCUACUCCUUUCUGUCUCUUUCAGGAGAAUGAUGGUCACAAUUCAAAGCAAAAAAUGUAAUUAAGAGAGAGAGAGAAAUAAUGUAUUUUAAACAAGUCCACUUGUAUUUUAGUAAAUCAAAGAAGAAGAAAAACAGAGAAGCGUUUACUAGAAUGUUUCUUUUCUGGAAGACAUGUAUUUUGUUUAGCAUUGACACCAGCUCUUAAUAAACUAAAGCUUAUUUAUUUUGGAAAAAAAA